AUGGUGGUUGCCGUCGCGUCGCCUUCGUCAGCGGCACCGGCACCCUCCGCCGGCCGUCUCCAUCCGACAUACAAGGAGAUGAUCAUGCAGGCGCUGACGGAGCUGCGGGACCCGGGCGGGUCGAGCCGCAGCGCCAUCGCCAACUACAUCGCCGACCACUUCUCCGGCCUCCACUCUCGCCACGACGCCCUCCUCUCCGUCCAUCUCCGCAGCCUCAGGUCCCAUGGCCAGCUUCGCCUCGUCUCUGGCAACUACUUCGUCUCCACCGCCACUCAGCAGCCUGCUCCGGGGCAGAAGCGUGGUCGGGGGCGGCCUCGCAAGAACCCAGAUUUAGCCCCUUCCGCUUUGAUUCCGGCGUUUCAGGGCCCCAAGCGAGGGCGUGGACGCCCGCGCAAGAACGCCCUAGACCCGGUGGCUUCUUCUCCUUCGCCGCUGCAGGGAGCAAGUGCUCCGCUGCCUCCAUCUGGGGUCAAGAGGGGGCGUGGACGCCCGCGGAAGGACGCCCUUGUCCCUGUGCGUUCCUCCUUUUCACAGCUGCUGAAAGCUAUUGCUCCACCACCUCCUUCUGGGGUCAAGCGGGGGCGCGGACGCCCGCGCAAGAAUGCCUACCCCGCUGUGGCGCCGUUGGUGGGAGUUGAGCAGGGACCUUCUGGUGGACAACCACAGAGGAAUACGGUUCCUCUCUCACCGCCACCUGCUACCAUGCCCCACAGUGGUGAGAGUAAGCCUGUCCGGCCGCUCAGGGUUGCUGUUGAUGUUAAUGCUUUGCGUGGUUCCUCCAUGAACAUAUCUGCCUGUAGUAACAGUGUGGUUGGUGGGAAAGAGAAGAUGCAACCUGAAUCUGUGCAGUCCGCGGAUGCUUCAUUGACUAAGCGAGGGCGUGGGAGGCCCAGAAAGGAGAAGGCAUUGGAAACUAGCCACUUGAAAGCCGCACAAAUGACUGAGGGUCAACAUGAAGCUCUGGCCGCACAAGCUGCAGACCAAGCUGGGUCUGUCCAAAAUGAAGUUGAAGCCAAGGAUCUGCAAUCCUCGGGUACUUCUUUGACAGAGAAGAAGAUGACUGAGGGUCAACAGGAAGCUCUGACUGCACAAGCUGCAGACCAAGCUGGGGCUGUGCAAAAUGAAGUUGAAGCUAGGGAUUUGCAAUCCUUGGGUACAUCUUUGACAGAGAAGAGAGGCCGCGGGCGUCCUAGAAAGAGGCCGUUGGAAACCAAAACUUCAGAAGCAGGGGUUGCUGCAUCAGCAGUGAAGAGAAGCCGUGGGAGGCCAAGAAAGGAGAAGACUUUAGAAACUGGGAACUUGAAAGUUGCACAGAUGACUGAGGGUCGACAUGAAGCUCUGCCUGCACAAGCUGUAGACCAAACUGGGCCUAUGGAAAAUGAAGUUGAAGCUAGGAUUUUGCAAUCCUUGGGUACUUCUUUGACAGAGAAGAUGACUGAGGGUCAACAGGAAGCUCUGACUGCACAAGCUGCAGACCAAGCUGGGGCUGUGCAAAAUGAAGUUGAAGCUUGGGAUUUGCAAUCCUUGGGUACUUCUUUUACAGAGAGGAGAGGCCGCGGGCGUCCUAGAAAGAGGCCGCUGGAAACCGAAACUGCAGAAGCAGGGGUUCCUGCAUCCACAGUGAAGAGAGGCCGUGGGAGGCCAAGAAAGGAGAAGACAUUGGAAACUGGGGACUUGAAAGUUGCACAGAUGACUGAGGAAGCGGCAGGCGUGGCAGGCCAAGAAAGGCCAGGCCUUUUGAAACUGGGUCUCAUGGAAACUGCAGUUGAGGUGUCUAGGGACUUGACAGAAGAUGGGCCUGAAAAAGAUGGGGAUCUUGUGUCAGGGAAGAAAGCAGAAGCUCAAGGUGUACUUUUGGUUGAGGGGAUAGACAAUUGCCCUGCAGAUGCUGGAUGUUUGGUAGUGUCAAGAGAGGAGGUACCAAUUGCUCCGAUGGAUGCUGGAGGUGUGCUAUUAUCUGGAGAGGAGGCAUCCAUUGCUCCCAUGGAUGCUGGGCGUGCAACGACAAGGGUUGAUCCGAUGGAUGUGGGCACCAAGAGUCAUUAG